CACGAAGAGGAAGAUCAUCUACAUCUUAUUAAUAACUUAACCCAACACGAGUAAUAUUUUCAUCUGUCCGGAGUCCGGUGCUGGUUGAAUUUAUUUUUGGCUCAUUAUAUUGAUAAAAGUUACUUUAUGUUAGCUAUGGCUGAGUCGCCGUCGAUAGAUCAGCUAAAUAAUGUGGAUAUAAAAACCCGAAGCAUCGAACAAACGUUGUUACCAUUAGUAAAACAGACACACCUAUGCUUAUCUUCAACUUUGAACGAUUAACUAUCACGCUAGAAGAAUAAUUUAUCACUCGACAGCUACCUCGAAGCCGCUCAACCCCCUUCGAAGCAAUCACUUCGAAAUCGACUUGCAAAUUAAACACGUAUUAAGGUCAAGAAAAGUGAUAACUUUGAUCGUUCCGUUUCACUGACUAAACUCUCUUGGUACCGGAAACGCCACAUCGAUGGUCGUUUAUCAUCUUCGAGUCGAUAAUGGUGGGUUUUUCAACCCCUCUAAUUGACUUUAUUGCUCCCAAAAGCUCGAUUAGAAUCGACGUGAAGGCCAAGGACUUUGGUAUUCCGAAUUCGCUGCUUCGCUGCUGAUUAUAAUUUUGUGAUUAGAUUCAGCUUCCGUAAGCUGCACUUAGAUAGCGUACGUAGUAUCGUAUAUACUCCUUCGUACUAUCGAUUUUACCAAGAAAAAAUUUCGCUCGAAAUUUUUCUCUUAUCGAUACUAUACUACGACUACCUACAUACCGUAGACAACUCGACUCUGUGUGGAAUUUCAUCUUAAUUUUAAUCCUCAGUCCGGUGGAUAGAGGUACGAAAUCUGCAUAAUACUUUGCCAUCUGCACGACCAAGUCGUCUACAAGUUGCCAGCGACUCGACCAACGACAGCGAAGCGUUAAUUUGCUAAAUCAAAUUACCGCGCGUACACCUGACAGUGAUGUCAUUCGGUAUAAAAUAUCGACAUUUGAGCUACAUGUUCGUAGCUGUACUUGUACUCGCAUGCGCCGCUGGUUUUUCCAUUUUAAGCGUCUUUUGAAAAUAAGGGUCACCCUAAGUAUUAGUUAGUCUUCCUCGUAUAUAACUGUUAUAUUAUAUGCAAUAAUUAAAGCAUUUCGUACCGACUGAUAUUAUUUAAGAUUAUUUUUUUUUAAAUUUAAAUACUCACAUGAAAAAAUGGUCACACUAUCUGAACAAAAGAUCUCAACCUUAGUUACACAUAGAGAACGGCCGUUUUGUUCGGAGCGAUCGGUAAGAGCAUUAGCGCGAGUCGGUCAAGCGGUUAAUUUAGCUAUCGAAAGAUUUGUUACUGUCGGCGAAACUAUUGCUGAUGACAAUCCUGAAAUAAAAUGUGAAAUGUACCAGGCUUGUAAGGAUGCCAGAUCGGCCGGCACCGUUAUUGAAAAUUUAUGCGAAACUGCUUUUGAAAACUCGAGAAACGACCGUUCGGCGGUCGUAAGAGCUGCGAGGUGUUUAUUAAGCUCAGUUACCAGAGUACUAUUGCUAGCCGAUUCGGUGGUGGUUAAGCAAUUGCUACAUGCUAAAGAAAAAGUAUCCAGAAGCUUGGGACGUUUAGAAAAUGUUACCAAUUUUACGGAAUUCGUAAAAGCAUUCAGUCAGUUCGGUAGCGAAAUGGUGGAAUUAGCGCAUUUAACCGGCGACAGGCAAAACGACUUGAAAGAUGAACGAAGAAAGGCUCAAAUGUCUGCAGCUCGACAAGUCUUGGAACGUUCGACGAUGUUAUUGUUGAUAUCUUCUAAGACCUGUCUUCGACAUCCGGAUAGCUCCACGGCUAAAGAAAACAGAACGACGGUGUUCUGCCAAAUGCGAAGGGCAAUCGAUCUUAUUCAUUAUGUAGUCAAAGACGGCGUCUGGGAAGGCGGAGGUGCCACCAUCAAGGACGAAGGGCAAACGUUAAGCGAAGUUUUACGUAAUUUAGAUUCACUAAUAGAGAUGACAAGACUGACUUUAACAUUGGCCGAUAAAGAUAGCUUGAACAGGGCGGUCGAUAUGGUCAUCGAUCGUACGCAGGAUUUCACCGAUAGCGCUUACACGACGCACGAGCAUCGCGAAAAUAUCAUCUUGCUGUGCGAACGUAUUAAAAUACAGUUAGAACAAUUGGUCAGGAUUGCCUCAGGAUUGGAUCAAUGCGAAGGGAGUUCACCUACUCACGAGAUGGAACUAGCGGUCACCAAUUGUUUAGACUCGACUCGAGAACUCAGGACCGAACUACUCGCCACGGCGAAGGAUCAAACUAACGAGUUACCUUCGGUGAUCAGAACCGGAAACGAAUUAGUUACCACCAUUACCAAUUGCGCUGCUUCCUCAGACCACGACUUACUCGAUAAAACGGCGAUCAGGUUUCAAGAAACCGUCGACCAUAUCGCCGAAAUAACCAAACUACUCAGGCAUUUGGCUACCAACGAUAAUCUUCAAGUUACCGCCAAACACGCCGAGAUAAAUUUAAAAAUAUACGCUCCACAGGUGGUAGCCGCAGCUCAUACUUUAGCCCAACAUCCGAGCUCUAAAAUAGCUAAAGAAAAUUUCGAAGUUUUUGCUGAUAUGUGGCAGUCGUUGACAUUGGAUAUAUCCGCUAUCUGCAAAGAAGUUAUGGAACGACAGAAGGUUCCUGAGAAGCAGACCUAUAUGUCUUUACCGAGACCGGGCAAACAUGGCACGACAAACAAACCGCUAAAAUCUGUCAGAUUGGAUGUCGACGAGCAAGAAAAAAUAGCGAAAGCCGGCUUAGAAAUGAAACUGGCCACAACCGAGAUGGAAGCUGAAACCGAACGUUGGAAAGAGAACGGCGGAGGUGCGGUGCUAGAGGAGAACAACGAUAUCGUGAAACGAGCCAAGAACAUGUCGAGUAUGGCGUUCAGCAUGUAUCAGUUCACCAAAGGCGAAGGAGCGCUUAGAACUACUCAGGAUUUAUUCACUCAAGCCGAGUAUUUCGCUGAAGAGGCGAAUAGGCUGUAUAAAGUUGUCAGACAGUUUUCCUAUCAAGUUCCUGUUGGUACGCAAAAGAAAGAAUUACUAGAGCAGCUCGAUCAAGUACCUACUCACGUUCAGCAGUUACAAUUCACGGUGAAAAAUCCAACCGUCGGUAAAGCGGCCACGUUCACUAAAGUAGACUCGGUCAUCAACGAGACGAAAACUUUAAUGAACGUUAUUUCCAAAGUGGUCACUACGUGUUUCAUAUGCGCCACUCAGUACAACUUAGACUUCAACGUAUUAGCGAAUCGUGCCGGUAGCGGACAAUUUCGAGACGGCGAAGACGGUAGCGGAGCCGGAGGCGUCGGCAGCGACGGUAAACUCAACUCGGGCAGUGGGUCGGAUGCGUCCAUGUGACAGUUCGGGAUGGCUCGAAGAGGCAAAGGAGACGGUCGUCGAACCAGGGUCUCUUUUUUACUCUUUUGAGCCAUCCAUAAACGGUAUUUUGCGACUUACUUUACCACUUCAGGACUUCUUUCUUUAUUUUUUUUUUCCUUUUUUUUUCUCCGAAAAAAGUCUUGUAAAUUAUGGAUGGCGCAGACCAAACAUAACCAACAACAAUCUGUUUAUUUGCAAUAAAAACCCCAUUUUUUUCAAUCAAUAAACAGCUCACAUCAUCAACAUCUCUCGUACGAUGCACAAGAACGUGUAUUUGUACUGUAAUUUAUAAUUGUGUACGUACGUGUAUAUUUUUUUUCUCUUUCUUCUUCUUCUUCUUCUUUUUUUUCACUCACAUUUUAUUCGCUCGAUUCGUUCGUUUGUUUCGCCCCCCCCCCCUAUUUGAAUUAAUAUAUUUUCGUCCCGAGUUAAUUUUUCAUUCACUAUCUCUCUCUGUACAUUAUAAAUAUUAUAUAUUCUAUCUCCUCAAACCUGUGAUCAAAUGCGAUAAUUAAACAUUAAGCAAAUAAUUACCUAAUUACAUCGGUAUAUAAAUAUUUUGUACGUACUACACGGUUACCAUAAAAUAAUCUAAUAUUGUAAAAAAGAAAAUCAUGAUUUUACACCCCCCCUGAAAAAAAAAACCGAAACCAAACCAGUUCAUAAACGAAACCGAAACCGAAACGAUCCGUUUGAAUUUCGUAUUCGCAUCUAAAAAAAUACAUUCCUCGAUGUUCGCUACGGUAUCGUGAUCGGAUCUCGAAAGAUUAGGUACAAAAUUGGGACCAUUUUUUUGGUACGUAGGAAGUCGAAAUUACUCGUUAAAAUAUACAUUAGAAAAAACGUAGACGUAUUUUACGUACUUCGAUCCGAUCUCGAUUUUUUUUUUCGUUUUUUUUACCACGAACAUAAACAUCUACUUCGCGAAUUUUCAAUUUUUGCUAUUACGAAUCUAUACCUAAUAAUAUUUUCAAUUUUUCAUUUCUCGUUGUGUUUUUACAUAUACCUACGUCUUACAGUAAUACGAGUAAUUUUACCUGUACUAUUUUUCUCUCUCUUCCUUGGAUAUUGAUAAUCUUGUGCUUGGAAUUUAAGCAAUAUUCGAUGUAAGAUUUUUUUCGCCUACUAACGAACGGUUUUUCUCGUUUUUUUCCCCCACCUCAUCUUACAUAUUUUCUUCUUUUUUUUUAAAGUGUUAAUUUAUGUUGUUUUUUUCAUCGUUAUGUUUUUUUUUCUUCGGAGAAAAAUGUUUUUUUCCUGUAUACGGAGAUUUCGACUGGGAGUUGUUUUUUUUUCUUUUUUUUUUUUUAGAAAACGAGUUGUUUUUCGAGCAAGCAAUUUACAUCACGUGUAAUUCGCGUGAUUGAAUUAUUAUUGUUUUUUUUUUCAUUUGAGUAAGAAAUCUCAUCUUAUUUUAAAUUUAAUCGAACCUAUAAGGUGUAAAUAUUGAUUAUUACAAUCGGUCUAAGUACGAGAAUUUUUGACAAUAGAGGUUUUUCAUUUCAGUAUUGUUAUUUACCUACCUACCAUUUUUUUAAAAAUUAAGAAUACGGAGAACGGGUUUUUGCAAACCGAGCGAUAUUUUUCUGUAUUCUAUUUUGCAUCAAA